GUCCAAUUAAUGAUGGCAGAUAAAGACAAGACUAACGAAAAAGUAGACCAGGCUGCAUCUAGUGCGCAUCGAGGUGUAUCUGACGCAGCAGAGACGAUGAAAAAAGGUAUUCAUAACGCCUCUGAUCAAUAUGAAAGGGCGUCUAGACAUGCUGAAGAAGAAAUGGAGAAAUUGAAGGCAGAGCUGGCUGAUCUUCGACGGAGAGCAGCACCAAAAAUUGAAGAGGCAGAACAUUUCUUGGUCUCUCCUACAGCUAUUGCCUUUUAUAAGGGUUUGGUCACUGGUGUGGCCAUUGUAUUAGCGUACCAGAAAUACUCAAACAACAGACUAUAACGGAUUUAAGAAAAGAAGA